GGCAACAACGACGAAGUCGGUGCCCAGCCAAUACAGAUCCAUCGGGAGCUUUGAAUCUUGAACAAUGGACCUGCAGCUCAACGGCGUCCAUGUCCUCGUAACAGGUGCUAGCGGUGGUAUAGGCCUGGUGACGGCACGCCUCUUCCUCAAAUGCGGAGCAAAUGUCACUACUCACUAUAACUCCACAUCGUCAACCCUCGAGCCUCUCCUCGCCGAAUUCGGACCUUCCCGUGUGCAGUCGGCGCAAGCGAACCUCAGCAAGGAGGAAGACGUGCUGCGCAUGUUCGAUGCACUCAAGGGGUGCCCAUUUGGUCCAGUGCAGGUGCUGAUCGCGAACCAUGGGUACUACCCGCCGGCAGAUGUGCCUGUCGCGGAAAUGUCCCUCGCGCAGUGGGAGUCGACCUUCGCGUCUAACAUGACAUCUACCUUCCUCGUCGUCAGAGAGUACCUCAAGCAACUGGCAGGGGCCACCACGGAGCAGAAGGAGAAGGCGUCCAUCGUCAUGAUAGGCAGCACUGCGGGCAAAUAUGGCGAGAUUGGCCAUGCCGACUACUCCGCGACCAAAAGUGGAAUGAUGUACGGCUUCACCAUGUCGCUGAAGAAUGAGAUCGUCAAAAUCGCCCCACGCGGGCGAGUGAACUGCAUCGCUCCGGGGUGGGUCAAGACCCCCAUGGCCGAGCAUGCCCUGAAGCAGCCUGAUAUCAUCUACCACGCGCUGGCGACCACGCCGCUCAAGAAAGUCGCUACGCCAGAGGACGUCGCGUCUCAGGUUGUCUUCGUGGCGUCGACCGCAGUGUCCGGACACGUAUCCGGCCAAGUCCUCAUGGUGGAAGGCGGUAUGGAGGGUAGGCUGCUGAACAAGCGCGAGGACAUCACCGCCUACUAAGCUUCGAUCUCCCGUCAAUGAAAAGGCAGGCUCGAAGUAGCUGUUUGUAUACGAUCGCGCGUUAUGUAUUGGACGACGACUCGCCCGUAAGUGUUCUGUACCUCAAUGAAACGUGUGCAUGUCGGACGUGAACGACCCGGAUGGACUCGAUGUGACAUUGACAUCUCUGUUCUCGUCGUCCACUCAGAACUGCGCAGC